GUUUGGCUAAUUGCCAAUUCAAAUGUCACCGUAUUAUUGUUACACACGUGUGUGUUAUUAGUACUCGGAUGGAUUUGCUAAGUUUGGUUAAGCGUUUUAAAAUGUAGAUUUGUGUGUCUGGCGGGGGUCUACGUUGACAAGAUCAAAAUGUUAAUAAUGAAGUUGCUAGUUACAUUUUUUUGGAAACAUGAAAUCGUCAUUUUAAAUAAAAUUAACUGUUUUCUAUCGCUAUAAUUUUCAGGGUUACAGUUACUGGACUUGCUACCAAAUUUAAGGGAGAAAGAAGAUGAUGACCUCCUGAUCCAAUGUGAAACUUUUGAGGAAACCAUGUCUGAGGAUGAGGAGGAGUUAAUGAGAAUAUAUGGUGGAAUUGAUAUGAGCAGCCAUCAAGAAGUAUUCACAACACUCUUUAACAAAGUGAGCAGCUCCCCAGCCUCUCUUCAGCUCCUGUCGAUUCUUCAGGGUCUUUUGCAGUUGGGACCUGCAAACUGCAACGCCUGGCUGGCUUUGGAAGCCUUGGUAAACAGAGUCAUAUUGCUGGCUGACGACGGUAAUCCAGCUGAAGAAGAUUCCAUUGACACCAUUAUGGAGAGGCUUUUAGUUUGCAAGAGAAAGCCAAGUGAGCAGCAGACAGCUGAGGGGAGACCUGCCAAGAAGGUUGACGUGGGUGCACAGACUGACCAGGCGGGGAAUGGAUCAGAAAUUCUUUGUGCUGCAUUCAAGCCAGCUCCAGACCAAUCUCCCCCACCGCCCCCACCUCCUCUACCUCCACCUCUGCCGUCAACAGGAGGGAAACCUCCGCCUCCUCCGCCACCACCCCUCCCUGGCAUGGGCAGCCCACCCCCACCCCCACCUCCCCCACCCCUUCCUGGCAUGUGUGGCAGUCCUCCCCCUCCACCUCCCCUGCCAGGUAUGGGUGGAAUGCCCCCUCCACCACCUCCUCUCCCAGGCAUGGCCCCACCCCCACCUCCUUUACCUGGCAUGGGCAGCAUGUCUCCCCCUCCACCCCCACCACCCUGCCCGGGUACAGGAGACAUGCUAGUGGCACAGACCAGCUACACCUUGGGAUGCACUCAGACUGACUUUCACAAACCAGUCCGCUACCCAACGCUCCGGAUGAAGAAGCUAAACUGGCAGAAGCUGCCUUCUAAUGCGAUGUCAGACAGUAACUCCAUGUGGACCUCUGUGCAGAGGAUGGACAGCCCCCUAGAGCCGAAUUACUCCAGCAUUGAGCAGCUCUUCUGUCUGCCUGUGGCUCAGUCCAAAGAGGAGGCAGCUACCCCUGUCAAGAAGCCUCCCAAAGAGAUUACGUUUCUUGAACCUAAGAAGAAUCUUAAUUUGAACAUUUUUUUGAAGCAGUUUAAGUGUUCCAACGAGGAGGUUGUUCACAUGAUCAAGAGUGGAGAUCGAUCCAAGUUUGAUGUGGAAGUUUUGAAACAACUUUUGAAGCUGCUGCCUGAGAAGCAUGAAAUAGCAAAUCUAAAAUCAUUUCAAGGCGAGAAGGAGAAACUGUCUAAACCAGAUGCAUUCUACCUCCUCCUCCUUGGCGUGCCAGGCUACCAGUUAAGGAUUGAGUGCAUGCAGUUGUGUGAGGACACUGCCUCAGUGAUGGAGAUGCUGCGCCCAAAAGUGGACUUGAUCGAAGCAGCAUGUGACAGUCUGUUGGCCAGCAGUAGAUUACCGAGCUUCUGUAAACUGCUUCUAAAAGUUGGAAACUUCUUAAACUAUGGAAGUCACACAGGCAACGCGGAGGGGUUUAAAAUAAGCACACUUCUGAAGCUGACUGAGACGAAGGCAAACAAGUCCCGUAUCACACUGCUGCACCACAUGGUGGAGGAAGCGGAACAAAACCACACAGAUUUGUUGGAACUUCCCAAUGAUAUCGAAUGUUGUUCCAAAGCAGCUGGUAUAAGUAUUGACUCAAUCCAGGCUGAAGCGAGUUCUCUAACCAAACGACUUAAGGAGACUUCUGGUAAAAUAGCAUCAUCUAUAGAAGAGGUCAAGCUGCAGUAUGCAAAACUUACACAGGAGAGUCUUGCUGCCUCUGAAGAGCUCGAGGAUCGCUUUGGUGUCAUAGAAGCCAAGAAGAAAGACCUGGCCCUGUACCUGUGUGAGGACCCUGCCAGGCUGUCUCUGGAGGAGUUAUUUAAUACCAUCAAGACCUUCAGAGAUCUGUUCCUGAAGGCAAUUCAGGAUAACAAGACCAGGAAGGAACAAGCUGCCAAGGCAGAGAAGAGGAAGAAGCAGCUUGAAGAUGAAGAAUCCAAGAGACAAAAGGGAGAGGAUGGGAAGAUUAUUCGUAAAGGCCUCCCGAAGCAGGAAGAGGAGUGCGUUAUCGACUCUCUCCUGGCGGACAUCCGGAAAGGCUUUCAGCUGAGGAAGACUGCACGGGGCAGGUGUGAAUCAGAGUGCACUCCUACUAGUGAAACACAUAGAGGUAAAACAGAGCCUGGCAAAAAUGUCAGUGCUGCAGGGGAAGAAGCAAAAGCCUUGGUUUCCAAGGCAACCAAAACCAACAACCGUCGGCCAUAUUGCGCUGUUGGAAUGGACAAAACAAGCAGUGUCAUCUUGCCCCCUUCUGAACCAGACCUUGCAGUACAAGAGGAUACUAGUGCUGCAUGUUCAAAGCAAGGCCUUCCUCCCUGCCUAGACACUACAGAAAGAAAUGCUACAAAACACAGCCCAUCCACGGUGACUCCCGUAGACACAGGGAAUAAUGGGAAUCAAUUGGACAAUAAUGGAAAUGACACCCAGGAGGAAUCUGGUUUCCCUGCUCUAUGUGAACCUGCUUUAGCUAGCCACACACUUCAUGUUCUAAAUGAGCAGUGUGAGGGUAAUGGGGAUGUUGAUAGGAAAGUGGGCCACAAGCCCAGUGCCGCACAGUUUGAACUCAAUGGAAACAGUAAAGAUGAAAGUGCAACACAGGUUAAGCAUGGUGAUCCAGAUGCACUUCUGCUUGAAUUUGCCGUGCACACUGACGGCAAUGGCAAUGACAGGCGCCGGAAUAUUGCUUUAGACAGGACGGCGAGAGAGAGCGACGUUCCUGAUGGUAUGAAGGGGGCGAGUGUCUCUGAAGAGCCUUCGCCAGCAGUAGAAUCCGAGCAAAGCACUUCCGGUUCACGCAAGUCCACAAACUCUCAGAAAUCUGCAGACAAAGGGCUGUCUAAACACAUGGGGAAAAAUAAAAAGAAGAGUGGUGAAGCAGUUUACAAGGAAAAUGGACACACAAAAUCAAAAAAGGGUUGUAAUUUACAGUGAGGUAGACCACGGAAGAAAGGCAAGACAAAAGCCAAAAGGACAUGUUGAGUUUGGGCAGGGGGUGUGCCUUUCUAUAUGGUGUUAUCAUUUUGUAAAACUGUAUGAUAAUGUACUUCUUUGCUGACUCCCUGAUAAUGCCGUGAAGCUAAUAUUCAAGUGUUGUUCAAAGAAGACUUUUUGGGUUGAAUCCCAGGAUUUACUUCCGGCCAUCCUAUGAAUUCAAGGAUCUAAAGAAAUGAGUGCCAGUGAUGAAGCUGGUCUUGCUUGAGAGCCAGUGAUUAAAGGGAAGCGUUAAGGAAAAGACUACCAGCGAUACACACUCUUCAGGAUUAAAGGGACAUGCUUAUAAAAUCAUUGUCAUAAUUUUUUGUGUAAGAAAUACACCAGUAAUGUUACAAAACUAAUAUCAUUUUGAAAUUCACUGCCGUAAAUGUACUGAGCUCUUGAACAAAGCUGUAAAUGAUGAUGAGAGACCAAGCACUGAUGAGAGUUGCCUAUAGGGUCAGUAGUCUCCAAUGAUCAGACUACCCACAAGCUUAUAGUUAAGGACCCUCUAAGUUUACACCAUUCAUCUUUCCUUAUCGAAUUGCAUGUGUGUGAGAGAAAAAAAAGCAUAAUGCCAUAUGAACAAAAAAAUAAUAUUUGUAUUGUUCUCCCUCAAAUAUGACCACUAGGGGACAGGUCAUAAUAGAGAAGUGGUCUUAGUACAGUAGAUUUAAAAUUGGAAAGGGACAGAAAGAAAAGGGUGUUAAUGUUGAACGGGUCUUCAUAUGAUGCUGGUCAUAAGGAAGGAGUUCACUAUAUGGGGGGGAAAAAAGAUUAAAAAGAAAAUAUUCUUAAUUGGUACAUAUUGCUAUCAAUUCUCUGUUUGUUUAUUUUUUUUUACAAAAGACACUUUCCCACAGAUCAGCAGUAAAGUGAUACAGCGAGCACUGGACGUAGCGAGCACACAUAACCAAUUAAAGCCGUCCUUGCUUUUCUUAACACACUAUUUCCUUUCUACAUGUGCUGUCUUGCAGCUUCCUUUUAGAAAACUGUUAUAAAUUAAACCUGGCCUGUUAAAUAACACUGCUCAAAUAAAAAAAGCUUUUAAAUCAGGGCCAAUGGGCCAAAUUGUCUGAGCACGUUCUUAAUAGCUGCUUCUUGGCCCGUGUUUCUAAAUGGUAUAAAAGCUAGAGUUAUAACGUUUUAAUAGUGUUAAUUUAAGGGCCCCCGUGCAGUGCUCUUGCUUCCUUUUGUAACAUUCAUUGACAUCCCUUCAGAAAAAAACAAAACCAGUGUAGGCCCAAGCUUUAUCCAAGCUCCAUGUAAAUACUUGUGGUUGCUGCUGCUAUUCUAUUCUGUAUGCGUACUUACAGAAGAUUGUAAAGUGGUUCAAUUCAAUGACAAUAAAAGAGAGUUCAUGCCCUCCCUUAUAAAAGUAUACAGCUGUAAAUUUGCAGUCAUUUUGCAGUUUUCCCAUGUUAUAUUAUCCAGUUACAACAGUUUACCAGUUUACCAUGGUUUGCCUUGUUAUAAAACUUCAGGAGGAAGGACUGGCCCCAUACUUAUUAUGUCAACUGUUAACCAAUCAGAUUAUAAAUAAACCUGACACCCGUCUUAUGCACAAUUGGUCACACCCCUCCACCUCCACCAAUCACCACCCUAUUUUUCUGUCCUGCUGGCCAGGUAGUGGUCCGUCACAGCAAGCAAGUUUGAGGCCAACUGACUUCUCCAUAUCUUACCUAUUAUAUAUACUGUAAACUGUCUUGGCAUUUAUACUGUUUACAAAACACUAGUUGGAACUCCCUCAUAUUACCUGUAUCAAUAGGUUUGUAUUUUCUAUUGAUUAUUAUUCUAAGCAGCACACAAUCAUAACAAUAUUCUGCAUGUAUCUGAUAACUUUGUAUACAGAACUGUAGUUCUUUAUAUUGGUUUGCCUUCAUAUCUUAAAUAAAACCAUGAAAUGCAA